CAAUGUUUGCUUGUUUCAUUCGGGUUUGUUUAAAGUUUUCGUGAUCCCUUCUCUGUGGUGUGCUGUUUGCCAGAGUACCCUCCCCUUUGCAGUACAACAGUCGUGUUUAAUAUUCCCUUUUUCCUGCGUGGAGUUGCCCUCUGUUCAGCCGGCAAUCCCUGCACUGCAGGAGUUCAGCGGCUCAUGGAAAGUUAAAGAAUUUUCAACCGGAAAGAGUUGGAAACAUGGCCUCUAGACAGUACGUACAGAGUUUAGCCGAGGAGGCAGUUUGUCCCAUUUGCCUUGAUUUCUUCACUACUCCGGUAACACUGGACUGUGGACACAACUUCUGCCUCUCCUGUAUCACCCAGUGUUGGGAAAAGGAGGGGAGAAACUGCUGUCCGGAAUGUAGAGAGGAGUUUGCUGACAGAUCCCUCAGGGUCAAUUGGGCCCUGGCAAGUCUUUCUGAGAAGGCUCAACAAUUAAACCUGAAUCAGAAAGAGACGCAGAUGAGAUCUCAGUGUGAGAGACAUCAGGAGGAACUGAAGCUGUUUUGUGACACAGACAAGCAGCUGAUCUGUCUGAUUUGUAGAGACGCGAGAGAACACAAGUCUCACAACUUCAUGCCCAUUGAAGAAGCUGUUGAGAUUUACAAGUGUCAAGUAAACUCAUCGUUCAAAUCUCUGACAGAGAAGAAAUCUGCCAUCCAGGAGUUGGAACAGCGACAGAAACAGGAGAUUUCUGGAGUGAGGGAACAGUCACACACCGUGCAGGCCAACGUCACAUCUGAAUUUGCUAAAAUACACCAGGUUCUGGCUGAGAGAGAGCAGCGCUUACUGAGCGAUCUCAGGGCAGAGGAGGAGAAGAUUCUGAACUCCAUGGAGAAAAAUCUUCAGGAGAUUGAAGAGAAUUUAGCCUCCGUUGAGGAGAAACUCUCCAAGUUACAGGAACAGAUGAAUGAGGAAGACAGUGUGAUGUUUCUGAAGGAGGAAUUGUGUCAGGACAGGAGGGUUAGUGAGGAAACUCAGACAUUGUCUGUAACAGAAGGUGUCAUAACGUUUGGAAAAUUCAGGGACACAAUACUGAGAGGGAUGUUUGAUGCCAUGAAGCAAGUCUAUGAGACCCUGGAUGUAAAUUCAGCCGAUCUGUGUGUUGAGGUGUCUGAGGAUCUGAAUCGUGUGAGAGGGACUGAGACCCAGAUGAGUUUCUCCGACUCCGAGAACAGUGAGGAGGACAAUGAACCUGGAGAUUGGGGAAUGAAACUGUUGUCUGAGGCUCUGAGGGACCCGAAGUGUAAAAUACAGAAACUGGGGUUGACAGCUGAUAGUUCCACAUCUGAUUUUGAGCACUUCAUCUCCACUCUCAGUGCAAACCACUCACUGAGAGAGGUGGAGCUGGACCUGAGUUACAAUGAACUGGGAGAUUCAGGAGUGAAACUGUUGUCUGAGGCUCUGAGGAAGAUAAAGUGUAAAAUACAGAGACUGAUUCUACGGUCAGUCGGUCUCACAGCUGCUGGUGUUGUGGAUCUCGCCUCUGCUCUCAGUACAAACCGCUCACUGACAGAGCUGGACCUGGCUUAUAAUGAACUGGGAGAUUCGGGAGUGAAACUGGUGUCUGAGGCUCUGAGGAAGCCAGAGUGUAAAAUACAGAAACUGGGUCUGCGGUGUGUCGGUCUCACAGCUGCUGGUGUUGUGGAUCUCACCUCUGCUCUCAGUACAAACCGCUCACUGACAGAGCUGGAUCUGUCUAAUAAUAAACUGGGAGAUUCAGGAGUGAAACUGGUGUUUGAGGCUCUGAGGAACUCGGAGUGUGAAAUACAGAGACUGGGUCUACAGUGUGUCGAUCUCACAGCUGCUGGUGUUGUGGAUCUCGCCUCUGCUCUCAGUAGAAACAAGUCACUGACAGAUCUGGACCUGGCUUAUAAUGAACUGAGAGAUUCAGGAGUGAAACUGGUGUCUGAGGCUUUGAGGAAGCCAGAGUGUAAAAUACAGAGACUAGGUCUAUGGUCUGUCGAUCUCACAGCUGCUGCUGUUGUGGAUCUCGCCUCUGCUCUCAGUACAAACCGCUCACUGACAGAGCUGGAUGUGGGUGCUAAUGAACUGGGAGAUUCAGGAAUGAAACUCUUGUCUGAGGCUCUGAGGAAGCGGGAGUGUAAAACACAGAAACUGGGUCUGCAGUGUGUCGGUCUCACAGCUGCUGGUGUUGUGGAUCUCGCCUCUGCUCUCAGUACAAACCGCUCACUGACGGAGCUAAAUCUGUCUAAUAAUGAACUGAGAGAUUCAGGAGUGAAACUGGUGUUUGAGGCUCUGAGGAACUCGGAGUGUAAAAUACAGAGACUGGGGCUCAGGUGCACUCAACUCACAGAUUCUGGCAUUGAGGAUCUCGUCUCUGGUCUCAUUUCAAAACACUCACUGAGGGAAUUGGACCUGAUUUCAAACACACUCACAGACCAAUCUGUCUCUGCUCUCCGCCACCUCGUACUGACCCAUCAAAGUCUGCAGCGGAUUGUACUGACGUGGAAUUGGUUCAGUUCAGGUAAAAAGAAAGAACUGAAGACUGUGGAGAGAACCAGACCCGGACUGAAAGUGAUCGUCUGAACAUCCCACUGUGUGUACAUCACCACCCCUGGGAUCGGAACAUUUCUCUCCGAUUUCCCACCCUCCCCUUUGAACCUGAACAUCCCAGCUGGAACCGAGCAAGUCUCCUGUGAUGGCGUGGGAGGCCUGGCCUGGCCCUGGAACCUGGGACUCAGGUGCUGGGUCCCAGGGUGGUGCUUCCAUCGGACGUCCAUCACUGGAUGUUACCCGGUGCACAGGCGGGACAGUCUCACUCAGUGUCCCUCGGACUGGGCUGAAUCUCUGGGGCUGAAGCAGCAGUCAACUGGGACCGGAACUGUCUCUGCACCCUGUUCGGUUUCUGGUGAUGGAAGGAGUGAGUCGACUGGGCUGAUAAAUGAUCAGUAAUGUCUGUCAUGUGCUAUAGUGUCAUAAGUAGCAAUGUCCCAAAUGAUGAAUGACAGCGAUCCACAGGGCUGGUUACACAGGGGAUCAGCUGGAUUAAUACGUUACUGAACUUUCUGCAGGUAUUUUGUCUAAUACACUAUUCAUCAUCGUGAUGUGUCGUAUAAUGUGGGUGAUCAUGGUCUUUCAUUUGUCUUUAAUCUGUUGUUCUUAUUCUUCUCUCUAUCUCUGACCGUGAACCUUCUUGGCAAGAUUUUUCUACAGUAGUGGUUUGCCCUUGCUGCCUUCUGGGUGGUGUCUUUACAAGAUGGGCGACCUCAGCCGUUAUCGAUACUCUUCGGGGAUUGUUUGCCUGGCGUCAGUGGUCGCAUAAUCAGGACUUGUGAUAUGCAGCCGUUGUUCAUACAACCAUCCACCACCUGAUCCCUUGACUUCACGUGACCCCUAUCGGGAGCUAAGCAGGUGCUACACCUUGCCCGAGGGUGACCAGCAGGCUAGCAGAGGGAAGGAGCACAUUACACCUCCUUUGGUAGAGAUGAAUCUCCACCCCACCACCCAAAAUACAAUAUUACCAGGCUUUUAUUUUACCAUUUAUUAUGCAGUGACCAUCAUGUGUU